UGACUGACCUGCACCGGUUCAGCCAGCAUCGCCGCGUCCGUCUCGUACUGCUUCGGACUCCGCGGAUUUUUCUCGUCCCCCUCUUCGCCCCUCCUCGAGGAAUAUCUGAGGAAAAUCUGACCCAGUGUAAUCGCUUCCCUGGCUCUAGGUAUCGUGCCUAGUGAAAAGUUGCGAUUUGUGGUGUCUCUGUGCAAGGAGGUACGGGUGGUGUCUGUUUGCGUGUGAUUUUGUGACAGGUAUCCGAGGCGAAGGAAGAUGGUGAAGUACGAUUGCCCGUUCGACAAGUCGACGCAAGAGGAGGCCGAGAAGGAGUUGCGCGAGACGAGCGAGAUCCGGGAAAGCGCGCUCGAGAAAAUCCAGGAGUGGAUCGAGAAAAACCCGCGCAUCGAAACGUGCAGAACGGACCCGAAUUUCCUGCUGCGAUUUUUGAGGACGAAGAAAUUCAGCAUGAUGCAAGCGCAAGAGGCCCUGGAGCGCUACCUACUUCUCAGACAAACGUAUGGCUCCAUGAUGUUCCUCAAGCUCGAUGUUCAAGAGCCGCGAAUGCAAGAACUCCUCGACGAAGGGUAUUUGUUCGCAGUUCCCGGGCGUGACAAAUAUGGGAGAAGAAUUAUCAUUGCACGGCCUGGUGCUUUUGACAUGGACAAAUAUGCUAACACUGACAUGUGUCGCAUUCAUGGUGUAACAUACGAAACACUAAUGGAGGAUGAAGAGAAUCAAGUUCGUGGCUAUGUCCACUUUUGUGACGGUGCAGGUGUGGCAGUCCGCAUGUUGUCAUUAUUCACUCCCAAGGAGGCAGUGCGCAUCGUAAAAAAUGGAGAGAGAACUCUGCCUAUGAGACAUAAGGAAGUGCAUGUCAUUAAUGUUCAUCCAUCAGUGAAAUUUGCGAUGGACUUUGCGAUGACACUGGUUUCUGAAAAGAUCCGAAAACGUGUAAAGCUCCAUUCAAACGUUGAAGAAGUUCAUGAGCACAUCGACAAGUCAUUGCUCCCGAAAGAGUAUGGAGGCACGAUACCAAUGGCCGAGAUGAUAGAAUCAUGGAAGAAAGAGCUCCUUGCAAAGCGAGAGAUGCUGCUGAGCAACGAUGAUAUGCGGGUGAGAGAGGAUCUUUUCAGCGAGGGCGCUAGACAAGGAGCGGUGUCAGCUUUGAGAGGCGGAUGCGGACCUCAAAAUGAUAUAAUGGCUGGCAGUUUUCGGAAACUAGCCAUCGAUUAGAAUAUAUAAUAAUGCUUGGGACAACUUUUUUGCUCCCUUACCUUGUGGAUAACCAAAGAAGCAACUAGGAAAACACAAAACUGAAAAAACAUAAAGUUCGACGAGAGCUGUUUAAACCUCCAAUGACUAAAGAAUAUUCCCCACAUUGGAAAGAUUAACAGAAGAAAACUCAAGAUUUUAUACAAAAUCUACUAUAUUGAGACCAAAGCACUAGUUUUAAAAAUUCCAGAAAACGAUUAAACAACGUUUUUUACCUCAGUUCCUCUGUUUAUGCAAUGAGGGCAAAGACAUCAAAUCGGAAGAUGUGCAAGACAUUUCAUUAGAAAAACUCUGGAGAGAGCUCAUUGCUUCGUAAAAGAAGUUAUCAAACAAUCAAACUUUCAACAAAAGCUGAUGAAAAGACAUGGUGAACUACUUUCUCAAAAACCAGCAUAAGCUACAUAGAUUUAUAUCCAUGAAAAGUACCUAUGAAACGCUGAGGAUCAAAAGGUGUUACCAUAUUCUAAUGGUGGAAAAUUUGGCAGAAGAUUUAAGUUUUAAAAAAGUUACCAAUAUGACUUCUUGAUUAAAGUACUGCUAUAACUUUCUCUCAAAUAAGGAGAAAAUUAGUGAGAAAGUAUGCAAACAUAAGAUCAUUCGCACUCUUUUUACCGAAACAUAACAUUCGCCAAAGUUUUCCACAGCAGAAUGGAAAUUGCAACUUUCUUAGCGCUUUAUAUUUUUGUGCACGGACCAAAAAAAUAUUAAAUCUUUUACAUAUGUUUAUUCGAUUUCAUUUACUUGGUGCAUAACACAUGAUUAGUUCCCUAUCAGAAAAUUUAGCAACUUUCAGUGGAACGUCAAGUAUCAUCUCCAGAACUACUCUUUUACCUACUGAUUUGCAGACGUUAGGACAGGACAUUUAAAAUAGCACACAAUUUUAUGUCUGACUUAAGUAACUCCUGAUUUUAUACGUUAUCUUCAGAAAUGUAAAAAUUUUUCUUGUUUUUUGUAUAAAAUUCAGAAUUCUCAUCCUUCAUAGUGCUUGUCAUCCAUUCAACUGCAAACGAAUUACGAGUGCACUGGAUGAAAUUUGCCAACUAGAAUAAGUCGAGAAAUAAUUACAUAC